AUGGAGAGGGCGCAGAGGGGGGUCGAUGAAGCAGUCGAGUCGGCGGAUGAUGGUGGUGCAGUUUUGGUGGUUUUUGGAGAGGGAGGGGACCCAGAGGGAGGGGUGGAGGAGUUGUUGGAGGAGGGGGUCGAGUUUGAGGUAGGUUUUGAGUUUGGAGUCUCUGGAGGAGGAGAUGGGUCCGACGUAGCAGUAGAGGAGUCGGACGCAGGGGCCUUUGUAGAUGUGGAGGAGUUCUAUUUUUUUGGAGAGGGGGAGUUUGUUGAGGUCGUCGCGGAAGGGGGGGCUCCAGUCGCAGUGGGAGAGCAUGUCUUGGUAGAAGGACAUGAAUUUGGCGGAGGGCCAGUGUUUGUGUUGUUGGUUGAGGAGUUGGAGGAUGGUGGUGCAGUGGUUGGGUUCUUUGUAGGAGGAGAGUGUGGUUUUGAGGGGGGCGGAGGAGGGUGGUUUGCGGGGUUUGAGGGAGGGGAGGAUGCGGAGGGGGGGUUUGGCGGGUUGGUCAGGGCGGGAGGAGAGAGGUGGGGAGGAGGGGGGGGAGCAGUGGUACCACUUGGUUUCUGGUCGGAUCCAGGUUCUGAGGAGGUCGUAGAGGAGGUUGGGGUCUUGAAGGGAGGAGGGGGUGUAUUGGGAGGAGAUGUUUUGGAGGAGGUGUGGGUGUGGGUUGCGGGAGAUGAGGAGGUAGUUGACGGUGCCGAGGAGGUGGAUGAGUUGGGAGGUGGUGGGGUCGAGUGGGUUGAAGUUGAGGGUGCAGACGAUGAGUUUGGAGGCGAAUUCGGACUUGCGGAGGAUUUUGGGGAUGGUUUUGAAGUGGUUGGCGUGGAGCAUGAGGACGCGGAGUUUUUUGAGUGA